CCAGACAGCCGUGGUGGGGUGCACACACGCGCGAGGUCUGUCCGCCACACGUCAGAAGGUGUCUUGGCCGCGCCCUGCAAGGCUGCGUGGCGUGGCGUGGCGUGGCGUGGUGUGGUGUACUGUGGUGUGGUGUGGUGUGGUGUGAGGUGGGUUGGUGCCUGCCGUGCAUGCCGCGGCCCUCGGUGUGUGCCGUGCUUCGAGGGGCGCCCUGCUGCACCGCCUCCGUCGGGAGCCGCCAUGCCCCGGUGGGCGGGGCGAGGUCCGGGGGCGCGGCGCGGGUGUGAGUGAUGAGCAGGUGGUGGCCGUGACCCGCGUGGCGGCGGCGGCACAGUGCUGGUGGCGGCGGGCAGCCCAUGUCCCUCACGGCGCAGGAGGUGGUGGAGCGCGCGGGCGUGGAGCUCUCCAAGUGCAUCACGGGCCUGGGGCUCCGCUCCCGCAGCAGGGAGAGGGAGCUGCCGGGAGCCGGCGGCGGCGGAGGCGGAGGCGGAGGCGGAGGUGAGGGCGGCGGCAGCAGGAUGGGGUCUGUGCGGCGCGGCGGCGGCGGCGUGAUGGAGAAGGUGGCGAAUGUGUUGUGUGGGAACAGUGUGGCGGGGGCCGGCCUGGCCAACGGCAAGGCCAAGGUGGACAAGCCCCUGCCGCCAGAGAAGCCCUCGCGCUUCCUGCUCAGCAAGGUGAGGAACGGCGGCGUGGCGGCGCCCACGCAGGCACAGGCCGCGGCCCUACAGGCGCCCCUCAAUGGGCACCAGGGGUCGCCGCGCCCCACGCGGUCGCCGCGGUCCCCGGCACACCUGCUGCGGGGCCAGCGGUACCUGGCGUGGGAGGACUUGGUGCGGGACGAGGCCUUCCUCACCAGGCUCUUCUCGUACUUCUCGCCGCUGGAGAGGACGGUGCUGGCGCAGGUGUGCGUGCGGUGGCGCGCGGUGCUGUACCAGCCCAGGUUCUGGCACGGCCUGCGGCCCGUCCUGCACUGCCGCGAGAUGCGCAGCGCCAACGUGGAGGUGACCACGGACAUGCGGCGGCGAUUCUAUGUGUCGGUGCAGAAGCGCGGCUUUGACUCGCUGGUGCUGAUGUGUGCCAACGAUGAGGACCUCAUGGACCUGGUGGCUAACUAUGCCGUGAACCACACAAAGGCCCUGCGCUCCGUGGCCCUGCGCUGCUCCAACGUGUCCGACAAGGGCCUGGAGACGCUGCUGGACCACCUGAACGGCGUGUACCAGCUGGAGCUGCAGGGGUGCAAUGACGUGACGGAGGCGGGGCUGUGGGCCUGCCUCAACCCACGCAUCGUGUCCCUCUCCGUGGCGGACUGCAUCAAUGUGGCGGAUGAGGCCGUGGGCGCCAUCGCACAGCUCCUCCCCUCACUCUACGAGCUCAACCUGCAGGCUUACCACGUCACCGACGCCGCCCUUGCCUUCUUCAGCCCGCGUCAGACCUCCACGCUCAGCAUCCUGCGCCUCCACUCCUGCUGGGAACUCACCAACCACGCCAUCAUCAACAUUGUUCACUCCUUGCCGAACCUGACGGUGUUGAGUCUGAGCGGCUGCAGCAAGAUCACGGACGAUGGUGUUGAGCUUAUUGCAGAGAAUCUAAGGAGGCUUCGAUCCCUUGACUUGUCGUGGUGUCCAAGGAUAACAGACGCUGCCCUGGAAUACAUUGCGUGCGAUCUGAACCAAUUAGAGGAGCUUACUCUGGACAGAUGUGUUCACGUGACGGACAUCGGCGUGGGUUACGUGUCCACCAUGCUGUCCCUCUCCGCUCUCUUCCUGCGGUGGUGUUCCCAAGUGCGAGAUUUUGGUGUCCAGCAUCUCUGUUCCAUGAGGAAUAUACAGGUCCUCUCUCUCGCUGGCUGCUCUCUGGUGACCUCCGCGGGGCUCUCCUCUUUGGUCCAGCUGCGCCAUUUACAGGAACUUGAGUUAACCAAUUGUCCAGGAGCCACGCCGGAACUGUAUCACCACCUCCACCUCCACCUUCCCAAGUGCCUCAUCAUCGAGUAGCAUCACCUCCACCC